AUGGCGGCGCGCGUGGCGGUGGCCGCCCUGCCGCUGCUGGCGACCGCGACGGACCCGGACGCGACCAACUCGAGCUCGGGCUCGACCAUCAUCUACAUCGUCAUCGCCGUGAUCGUCGUGCUCUUCGGCAUCGUGGCCUUCUUCGUGUAUAAGCGCAACCAGAACCGCCGCAAGCGCAGCGACGGCCACGGGGGCUACGGCCUCCCGUCGACCACGGCCCGCACGGCUAUCAGCCGCGGCACGUCACACGGCGGCAACACGGUGUUCGAGCGGCGCAUGGACUCCACAGGGUACAGCAGCCACCACAGCAAGGACAAGAAGGCCUCGCACAACCACCAGCACCAACAGCAACGGGUAGAGCGCCCUCCCCAGUGGCCGGCCAACGGGGCCCCCACCUACACCCGGCAGCAGCAGCAGUCGCAGCACGAGUACCAGCCGCGCUACGACUCGCAGUACGAGAGUAGCAACGGCCUGCAGCAGUCGUUCCCGCCGCCGCCCCCGCCCGAGGUGCCGAUGCUGGAGCCGCACGAGGACCACCACCACCAAGGCCCCGGCCUCUCCAUGUUGGAGCUGCAGCAGAGCCAGGUGGCCAUGCCUACCAGCAGCGUGGAGGGCGUGCACCGACGACAGACGGACCCGGCCGUCAUCGCCCGCACGCAGGAGAUGGCUGAGAAGGUCAUGGCCGAGCUGGACGAGGACCCCGAGUUCGAGCAGAGCUGGAUCCCGUACGAGUCGCUCUACUUCACGCGGGCCAUCUCCAAGGGCGCCUUCGGAGAGGUGUGGCUGGCCCAGCUCGAGAACACGCAGGUGGCGGUCAAGAAGAUCCUGGACGAGAAGAAGCACGACGUCAAGGAGAUCGAGUGCUUCGGCGCCGAGAUCAAGCUCAUGGCGCUGCUCAAGCACCCCAAGAUCGUGGGCUUCAUCGGCGUCUCGUGGAGCAACACGCAGGACCUGUGCGCGGUGACGGAGUUCAUGGCCAAGGGCGACCUGUACGGCUACCUGGAGCGCCGCAAGGGCAAGCUCAACUGGCCCGACCACAAGAUGUGGCUGGCUGCGGACGUGGCCGAGGCGCUCGUGUACCUGCACUCGCUGUCGCCCAAGGUGAUCCACCGCGACCUCAAGUCCAAGAACAUCCUGCUGGACAGCAAGUACCGGGCCAAGCUGAGCGACUUCGGUAUCAGCCGCAAGCGAUCCGUGGAGGAGACGAUGACGGCCGGUGUCGGCACCAUCUACUGGACGGCGCCCGAGGUGCUCAUGGGCAAGAAGUACACGGAGAAGGCCGACAUCUACUCGUUCGGCAUCGUCAUGUCGGAGAUGGACACGUGCGCCGUGCCCUACUCGGACAAGCGCGACGACUCGGGCAAGGUGCUGCAGGGCAUGAAGAUCAUCCAGAUGGUGAUUCGCAUGGCGCUUCGGCCGUCGUUCCGCAAGGACUGCCCCGAGCAGGUCAAGGCGCUCGCCGACCGCUGCCUGGACGCCAACCCGGACGCACGACCGGAUGCGCCCGAGCUGCUCAACAUCCUGCGCGACAUCCAGGACGAUUUGCAGCAGUAA